GUGAUUGGUGGAGGCGCGGGGGGCUGGGCACAGUAGCUUCUGUAAUAUGACCAUGCUGUUUAUUGUUCUGCCUCUUUACGGCCUGAAAAAGUGAGCGUCGGAAAUCAGUAGCCUGUGUGAGAAUAAACAGUUUAAUUUCGAGAACUCAAUCCUCUGUUCUGGACAUUCUUUCAUGUAUUACUUACUUAGUGCCUCCCACAAUGCAGGUGAUGGCUGCAUGGUGCAGUUGGUGAGAAGCAACUGCAGCGUGACCUUUGAUCACAUGCUUUUUGUCAAAUCAGUCGACAUGCAGUCUCAAGUCGGACAAAGGUUCUACCCAUAACGCAACACACUGAAAGGCGAUGGUCACCAAUGAUGGUCACCGACUUGACAAUACUGAUCCGCUCGAAUGCGCCCAUACACUCUCACCCCUGGGGAACUAAUGGAGCUCCAGGAUGUUUGUGCCAAAAUCCCUUCCUGCAAGUGUGGCCCUGUCAAACUGAGGACAAGGAAGCUGGUGACAGAGUUGGAACCGAAGGUGGGCGAGCUGUCUCGUAUCUUUCACUUAGUGCUGUGUGACUGCCUGGACAAGGCAGAGGGAGACAAGGACAUGAGAGUUAGGGGCCGCCCGCUGAAGUCUGAAACGCAGCAGGUCCUCUCCUCCAUCACCUUCCAGAUCUGCAUCAACCCCAUGUGGAGCAGGACAGCAGGUCAGGGGAACACAGGACAGGAAGGGUGGUCCAAAGAUGAGGAGGAGAGAGAAGAGGCAGCCUUAGAAGUCAACAGGAGGUCUAGGAGCAUGCCUGAGAAACCUGGACUCAGGGGUAGACAUAACAUAGUAAAGGUAAAUCUGGUUCCCUCCAAUUAGUUUGAUAUGUUAAUGUUUCACAUUGGUAUGUAUUAAUUUGUGGAUGUCCAUCAUCCAUUUUGUAUGAUUUGUUACAAAUUACAUUUUGCAUGAUAUGUUAAGAAUUGCAAUUCGUACAAUAUGUUGCACAUUUUCAGAACGUAUGAGAUCUUACGAAUUCCAAUUUGUUGUGGUUAACAUUAUGGUAAAAGGGUUAAUGUUAUGGAAGGGUUAGCUAAUAUGCUAUGUACUGUAGUUGAAAAGUAGCUUAAAAAAAAGAGGUAAGUUGCAAAGUUGGUAAUGAACUAAAAUGCUAAAGUUGUGGGAUUGGGAUUCGAACACGAACCUUUCAGUUGCUAGAUGUUCUCGUUAUAUGCCCUACCAAACACACUAUUUGAGUUUCUUUUUUAACCAUACCAAACAUAACAUAUCAUACUAAUUUGAGUGUUCCGAGGUUUACAUUUACUAUGUUACGUCUAGUUUAUGAGACCAGGCUGGCCUGAGAUAUGUCCUGUGGAGAUGGGCGAAAGCUAGGGAGGGACAGAUGGAGAAAUAUCAGGAGAGAAGACAAGUCGUCAAACUGGGCAAACCUCAUUAUCAGAGCAACAAGACAAAUUUCACUCAACUUAUAAUAGUGCCAAUAUACAAGUUACAUAUUCUGUUUCCUAAUGGAAGAUUUCAUUAUUCUGAAAUAGAUGCCUAUGUAAAUAAAUCAGAAAUGUAAAUAAACUAUUCAGCUUCCAAAGGAUGCAAACAAAGUGUUUCUGACUAAUUUAGAAUGAACCCUAAACCUGAUCACGCUAAA